AUGAGACAACAGCCCUCUUUAACAGUUGUUCCAUUAUCUUUUAAGGUACUUGAUGAUGGAACACUUCUAAAGCGUUACAGAAAGGAAAUUCGUGAGCUUAAACAACAGCUUGUCGAGAUGAGCAGUAGUUCGCAUGUACAAGAGCUACUACUCGAAAAAGAAAAAGUGAACGAGAUGGAGGAAAUGUUGGAGCAGCAACGGCGACAACAGAACGAACAAGAAGAAAAGAUAAAAAGGUUGUGCAAUAUGAUUUGCACUGCGGGAGGAGAGACUGGGAAUAACCGAAGUAAACAAAAAUUGGCAAAGAGGCGUGAAACCUGGUGUCCAGGGGCUGGUCUUUCAAAGGCUCCGCUGGCCUCUACUGUUUUUAGUUCAGUGAAAAGUCGACUGCAAAGAAUCCCGUCGAGUCCCAGUAGCGACGAGAGUGAGUUUGGCGAGAUGACAAAAGAUAUGUUCCUAUCGACGUUAGAGGAGGAAGAGGACAUAAAAUCUUCAGAAAGCGGGAAAAAACGGGUUGUUUUUGCAAGUCCUGCGGGGAAAAGGUUAGUUUCUAUUAAUCCUGAUCGCCAACGUAAUUGA